GACUUAUCUGGCGCCGUGUCUGGCGCGCACCUUAUAGUUGUCAUUCUGUAAUACGGUGGGCCUAAGUCUGUGGUAAAACCAUAAUAUAUCUUUAUGAGUGUCUGUCCUUGUCGUUGAAUUUCAUUCGGAUAAUCAAAAUUCCUUCUCUUUCCCUCCAACUGAAAAUAAUGAUUUUAUUUCACUCCUUACCCAUUGAUACAUUAAUUUGCUUUCCUGACUGAUAUUCGCUAGCUUGUUGUUUGCCCCUGUUUUGGUAUUCAGACAGUGAGCUUUUAUUUAUAGUUGAUUGAGUACAAUGGAUUCUUCUUUACGGGAGCAAGUUAUGAUAAAUCAAUUCGUACUGGCAGCAGGAUGUGCUCAAGAACAAGCCAGACAGUUAUUGCAAGCUGCUCAUUGGCAAUUUGAGACGGCGCUAUCAAUAUUUUUUCAAGAGGUUGCAAUACCAUCAGGGGCGAACGGUAUCGCGGCACCACACUAUCGUCAGCAAUUGAUGACGCCAUGUAACACGCCAGCGACACCGCCGAACUUUCCGGACGCGUUGGCUGCGUUCUCGCGGUUGUCCACGACGGGCAGCCCGAGCGGCGGCGGCGGCGGCCCCACCGGCGGAGCUCCGUCCGUGUCCCCUCUCGCGACGCACCCGCCGCCGCACCAGCAUGCCCAUGUGCCCAACACCUUUCCCGGUUCGCCGAACACGCAAUCUAACUACGCAUCGAUGUCCUGCUCAACUGCCGUAUGCAGUGAACAUAUGCCAAGAUAAGUUUAAAAUAUUAGUUUAGGAGCAUCUAUAAUUUAUUUUUAUAAUGGUGCGCAAUGUGAGCUGUGGAAUUGUGUAUGAAAAUUUAUAAAUAUAUUCUUCAAUAAACACCCUAUCAGCAAAGAUAAAGCUGGACAAUAUUUAGGGUGUGGUAGUCAAUCAUGUUAUAUACUAUGAAAUAUUACAAAUAUGUAUUUUUAUGUAUACAGUGGGCUCAAUUCUGAUCAGCCUUUAUUUUUAAGGCGAAACCUGGUUCUCGUUUGUCGUCUUAAAAAAACCGGUUGACUGUUAUAUUAUCAUAAUAUAAAAUAGACAAAUAAAGAAGCAGUUGUGGGGUGCUUCACAAGACAAAACAUUUUUGUUUUUUCUAUAUGAUUGAAAAUCAAGGAAUUUAUAUAACAGGUAAAGUUGUUCAAAAUUAAAUGCAUCCAUUUACUUAUAGUAAUAGAAUAGUUAUUAUGACUUCUAUUGAAAUGCUUAGAGAAUGCAAAACGACUCGAGCCCAAUGUUAAUUUUUACAUUUCGCAUAUAUUUGCUCUAUAGUAAAUUAUGUUUUGGUCUAAUUUAGUAGCGUUUUUGCAAUGUCAGAAAAUGAAAUGUAAUCAUGUAUAAUAUAAAAAACUGACUUGUAAAAAAUCAAACAAACCUAAUCGACAUACUGUUCAUAUUUUUUACGGUAUUGUUUAUGAUAUAGAUUAUUUAAAAAUUAAAACGCAAUUAUUAAUGUUGAUAUAAUUGACGAUUCAUAAAAGACAAUACACGAAUACAUUUUAUGAAAAUAAGAAUGAACAAACCGUUUCUGAUUGAAGUAGGUAGCCGUAUUCUAAGGACACGUUAGUGAACUUUUAAUUCAAAAAUUUGAUAUUUUUACUGUUAUUAUAGUAUUUAUAAUCACAUCAUUAAUUACCAUUAUGGUUUAUUACACGAUUUGUACAGUUUUAGACAAAUAUUGGAAUGUCAUGCUGCAUGAACAUAAAAUAUUUGGUAAUUAUUAUUAAAAAAUGUAAGUAAAAUAGAUUUAUUUCAGAUAACUGUAGGUAAGAAAUAAAUAAGAUUCAAGGGUUCGAAAUAAUGUGCUGGGUAAGCUUAGAAAGCAGGAGUUAUAAACCAAUAUAAGCUUAAUCAGCUAAAAAUACGUUUUUUUAGACUUAAUAAACACAUUUCAAAACGUUUUUUUUCUGUAUGAACUUAUCCCCUAAUUUAUGUUAAUAUAUCCAGAUAAAACAGUUUACUUUUGUAAACGAUGUUAGAUAUAACUAGAA